CCAAGCCCAUCCAUUUGUACACCACUGCAAGCUUGAACAUGCAGUGGAACAAAAAGAAGAACCCAAAGUAGAAGUGUUUUCAUCUGACCGGUUCUGACCACAGACAUUAAUCUGUCCAAAACUGAAGAGGGCAAGGUGUCUCACCAAACAUCUACUUUAAAAUAUAAUGUCAUGGUGCUCUGUAUACUUGUAUUUAUAAUCAAAAUAAAAUGUAUGUUCCUCGUGUACAAACCACUGACCAUCUGAAAUGGUCCACCCACACAGACAGUGUGGUGUAGAAGGCGCAACAGCACCAUUUCAACCUCAAGAGGCUGAAGAAAUUUGGGUUGGCACCAAAGACCUUCAUAAAGUUCUACAGAUGCACCAUUGAGAGCAUCCUGUCGGGCUGUAUCCCGGCCUGGUACGCUAGCUGCACCAUCCGCAACCGCACUGUCCACAACCGCUGGGCUCGCCAAAGGGUGGUGCAGUCUGCCAAACGCAUCACCAGGGGCACACUGCCUGCCCUCUAGGACAUCUAUAGCACCCGGUGUCAUAGGAAGGCCAAGAAGAUCAUCAAGGACCUCAGCCACCUGAACCAUGGCCUGUUCACCCGCUUCCAUCCAGAAGGCGAGGUCAGUAGAGGUAUGUGCAUCAAAGCUGUGACCAAGAGACUGUAAAAACAUCUUAUAUCUCAAGGCCAUCAGACUGUUAAAUAGUCACCACUAGCCAGCCUCUGCCCAGUACCCUGCCCUGAACUUUAGUCACUAUUUGAUAACACACAUUUUUGUGACGUAACAAACAACAUUGAUUCAAGCAGUUUUGUCCAGUGGGUACUUGUUGCAUGAGCAUGAUUUAGCCUACUCCAACUACUCUAUAAGUAAACUAAAAAAGAUAAGGUGUACAGCUGAUGUGCAGGUAUGAUUUAUUUGUUUUAUUUAUUGAGCUCAUGUCUCAGUUCUAGAAGGAACGUGUGUGAGUAGACCAGAAGCAGUGCCCUUUGAGCAAGUUGUUGAUUGACAGACGGAGCUCACCGAUUACACACACAACCUGAGACUAGUACGCUACUACUACAGUAUUAUAGUAGGGAGCCGAUUAGCCUGGACAGGUAACACAGUUAAAUCUGAGCAGGUAAACUCCUGCAUAUGUGGCAUGAAAGAGCAGACUCAUCUGAGCAGGUAAAGCAGCAAAACCUCAGCACGUGAAAGUCAUGAAGUUGUGUGGUGACAAUCUCUUUGGAUCUGUGAGAAUGGAGGCUUUGAAGCGGUGGAGGGCAGGAUGGGGCUAUCCCACCACUCUGCUGUGUAUCUAUGGGUUUUUCAGUACUGUGAAACCUAUAGAACCUUUCCUCAUACCUUACCUGACAGGUCCAGACAAAAACCUGACAGUGGAAAAGGUGACCAAUGAGAUUUUCCCUGUGUGGACAUACUCCUACCUGGCUGUGCUGGUGCCCGUCUUCCUGCUCACCGAUUGGCUGCGCUACAAGCCCGUCGUGGUGUUCCAGUGCAUCAACCUCUUUGUUACCACAGCAAUGCUGCUCUGGCUGCAGGGAGUGGCAGCCAUGCAGGCAAUGCAGUUUGCCUACGCCGUGGUGACAGCCAGCGAGGUGGCCUACUUUUCAUACAUAUACAGCAUAGUGGAGCUGAAACACUACCGCAAAGCUACAUCCUACUGUCGUAGUGUACAGCUGCUAGGCUACACAAUGGGAUCUGUGCUGGGACAGUUGCUGGUCAGUUUCAACCUCAUGUCCUACAACAACAUCCUGGUACUUACCCUGGUGUUGAUCUCCAUCGCCCUGGUGACUUCCCUCUUCCUGCCAAUGCCACAGAGAAGCAUGUUCUUCCAUCGGAGUCAGGAGAGGCAUGAAACUGGAAAUGUAGAAGAAAUGGACGCCCAAGGUGAUGGGGAAAUGGCAGAGUCCCCUGAGGAGCCAGUGAGAACUAGGAGCUGCAGCCAGGUUCUUAUCCAGCUGUGGAGAGACUUCAUCCAGUGUUACUCUACCAGGGAGCUGCUGUACUGGUCAGUGUGGUGGGCACUUGCCACCUGUGGCUAUAACCAGACAACCAACUAUGUUCAGGUGCUGUGGCAGCACGUAGAGCCAUCCCAGAACUUUACAGUCUACAAUGGAGGGGUGGAAGCUGUGUCCAACCUAUUUGGAGCAGCGACGGCCUAUGGUAUUGGUUUCACCCAGGUGGAUUGGGCCCAGUGGGGAGAGUUGGCUCUGGGUUCAUUCUCUGGCCUGGGAGCUGCAGCCCUUUUCACAAUGACUUUCACAGCCAACAUCUGGGCCUGCUACGCUGGCUACAUUGUCUUCAAGUGCCUCUACAUGCUGCUUAUCACCAUAGCCAUGUUCCAAAUUGCUACUGAGCUCUCUAUGGAAAGAUAUGCACUGAUCUUCGGAGCAAACAACUUUGGGGCUUUGGUCCUUCAGACCAUCAUCACAUCCGUUGUGGUGGAUGGCAGGGGGCUCGGCUUGGGCAUCAUCCCACAGUUCAUCACUUAUGGAAGCUACUUCUCAGCCAUCGCUGUCAUUUUCUUUCUGAGGGGUGUGUACACGAUUAUGAGAGUGCGGCAAAGCCACAGAGACUCCACCACUGCAGAGGAGCCUCCAAGUCUGAAAGACAGUGACACUUGCCCUGAACAAAGACUGAGCAGAAGAAACUGACCACUGGGCCCCGUUUGGUAGGCACAGAAUGGGAGAAAACGUUUUGAAAUGGGGAGUUUCUACCUGAAUGUGUCCAAAAAUAAAGCACAUUUUUGAUUUCUGUUGCAAAA